CCCACCCCCUCUUUUUUCUGCUCUUUCUCUCUCGCGCUCUCGCGCUCACAGACUCUCAUGUGGUUAGUGCCACUGCAGAUCCCCUGUAAGGAGUUCCUGCGUGAUCGACAAGAGCAACGUCGCCAUAGUUAUCGCCAUCAACAUCUUUUCUUUGACAAGGCAGCUAGCCACACCUACCCAGCCUGCCAGCAAUACAGCGGCGGGCACAUGGACCACAAAGGUAGAUUGAACAGGACCGUGGCUGUGAACAGUGGGCAGUGGGCAGCGGGCAGCGGGCAGCGCACACUGCCAUCAAGUUUCACAUCUUGUGUCUCAAUUACCCUCCCCACAUUCGCAGUGCCCGUCUUUAUCCAUACAGGACCACAAAGGGCAAGCACUUCCAUCUACACGACACGCCUGUCCAUGACCAAGUGCUUCCAGAAUCUCUUGAGAGAUUGCGCAAUGGCAACUAGAUGCCAUGACCCUCUCUUCCAUCUAAUCUUUUAUCAUACCCAUACUCAUACUUCUCCCUCCCACCCCUAAUCCUCCAACUUAGGGCCCCCCUUCCCCCCUUAUCUAGUACGAGUACGCAUUUUAGUACCCGUAUACUCGGACCGAACACUCCGCCGAGCCCGGUAGACUGACUAACAUUUAUCAUGAAUAAUGAAUAGAUCAUGUUGCCAUUCCUCGGUAGACAGCUUGGAAGUGGAGCAAGGGAGGAACCAGGAAAACCACUUUCCUUCGUCUAACCGAUAAGUUAUCUAGGCAUUCGCAUUAUUGUCACCACUGAAGCGAGCUACCAAAAGCAAUUUGGCGGAGACGAAGAGUUAAAUUAUCGUACGGUCUGUACUCACAUACCUGUAUAAAUUGAUUGAAUGGUA